AUGUCUGUUCCCGAGUCAACCUACCUCAGCCCGGUCUGGAGAGAUGGGAUCUUUGAUGGUCGCGUUGUCUUUGUGACUGGCGGAGCCGGAAGCAUCUGCAGCAUGCAGACGCGAGCGCUGGUCCGUCUGGGCGCGAAUGCAUGCAUCAUAGGGAGAAACGUCGAGAAGACCGAGGCGGCAGCCAAAGACAUUGAAACUGUGAGGCCAGGGGCAAAGGUGAUUGGAAUUGGAGGCUGCGAUGUCCGAAAGGUCGAGAGUCUGCAAGCUGCUGCAGAGCGAUGCGUAAAGGAACUUGGGGGCAUUGAUUUGGUCAUUGCUGGAGCGGCGGGCAACUUUGUUGCGCCGAUAGAAGGCAUGAGCUCCAACGCGUUCAAGUCGGUUAUGGAUAUUGAUGUCUUGGGCACUUUCAACACGAUCAAGGCCACAAUGCCUCACCUACUGCGCAGCUCAAACCCUCGAAUUGUUUACGUUUCAGCGACAUUCCACUACACCGGCAUGCCACUCCAGGCGCAUGUCUCAGCAGCCAAAGCAUCCAUCGACUCGCUCAUGGCAUCGGUGGCCCUGGAAUACGGACCACGAGGAGUGACGAGCAACGUUAUUGCGCCGGGAGGUAUUGAAGGCACCGAAGGCCUGGCACGACUGGGCAGCGAGGAGGCACCCGAGCGCAAACAGUACCUCAAGGGAAUUCCUUCUGGCCGACUUGGAACGGUGCGGGAUAUUGCCGAUGCGACCGUGUUCCUCUUCAGUGAAGCCGGGAGCUACGUCAACGGACAAGUUCUGGCGGUGGACGGCGCAGCGUGGAGGCGCCAGGGCGCCAUCAGCGUUGGAAUCGACGUGAACAUGGAGUAUCCGGACUACCUGCUCAAGGGUGAGUUUUCACAGAAUUUGAGGGAUCCGCGAAAGAAUGGCAAGGCGAAGCUGUGA